UCCUCCUCCUCCUCCUCCUCCUCCUCCUCCUCCUCCUCUCCGUAGCCAUUUUGGCUCAAGCUCUUACGGAGAGCCGCCCCUCCCCCCUGCCGCACGAAGAGGCCUCGGGCUGGAGGCCACGGCGCCAGAGUGGAACACCGCAGCCGCCAGAGGCGCAGCCACCUGCUAGUGGAGCGACAUGGAGUACCCCAUGGUUACCGUCAACGACGUCAUGACGCUGGGCGUACCCACCGAUCGGUUCCUGGUUCCACUCAGCGCGAACACGUACAAGAUAGAUUUCCUGGCAUUCAAGAUCAGAGCGGUCCAGGACGGGCACGAGACGUGCCUCCUUGAGAUCUCGAAGGAUCCCGACGAUGGACCUGAGUUGGACGACACCAUCGGCGAUGAUGCCCGCAUGUUCAAGUACCAUUUUGGCCCCCGGUUUCUGGACUUCCAGACCAUUGGCACCAAUUUAGAGUUCACGAUCGGGGACGUACCUCUGCACAACUUCCGGAUGAUUGAAAGGCAUUACUUCGGCGACCAACUGAUCAAGAGCUACGACUUUACGCUGCCCUUCGUUAUCCCGAACACCCGCAACACGUGGGAGGUGAUCUACACGAUGCCAGACAUGGACCCCGCGCUGAAGCAGGCCAUCAUCCAAAAUCCGUACGCCACUUGUUCCGACAGCUUCUACUUCGUCGAGGACCGAUUGGUGAUGCACAACAAGGCGUGGUACGACUACAGCGAGGGCCCCGGCAUGGUGGAAAUCAGGGAAGAGCCACCCAUGCCAUGAGAAGGAGAGCAGCGAGGUGCCCGCGCUGCAGAGGUGCUGCACGCGCCUCCGCCCAGCUGCCGUCAUCUUCGUGAUCUGAGAGCCUGGGCAUAGCCGGACAUUGCUGCGCAGUUCUGGACCAGGUGAGCAGGUGCGCUGACCUGGCUAGCAGUCUUGGCCACGCAUGGGCUCAGGGACU